ACCUUUCCUCCUCGUCCUCGUCCUCCUCUCUUUCUCUCUCCCUCUUAUUCUCUCAUCUUCUCUCUCUACACUUCACUUCCUUAGGUCCUCUCUCUCUCUCUCUCUCUUCCCCUCUGUAUGAGAUGAGAAUUGGUGAUUCUUAGCAGUAGAGAGAGGGAAGAAAAAAUAAAGAAAGUUAUGGGAAAGUACAUUCGCAAGGCCAAGACGGCGGGCCCCGACUUGGCCGCCGCCAUGGAAUCCUCCCUCGGCGUCCGCACCCGCGCCAAGACCCUCGCCGCUGCCGCCGCUGCUGCCGCCUCCGGUGGCCGCUCCCAGUCACCAUCCCCUCCUCCGGCCGCCGCCAACUACCUCCAGCUCCGCAGCCGACGCCUCCUCAAGCCCCCAAUCGCCGUCUCCAAGCGCCAGCGGCAGACCCAGAAGGUGUCCUGCCAAAUACCCGACCCUAACCCCGUAACCAGGGCCAGCUCGAGGCUGAGGCCGGGCUCCACCGAGUCCAUCAGCUCCUUUCUGAAUAACAACGCCGCCGGCGGUGAAGACGCUCAGAAGAAGGAGCCGGCGGAUGAGUUGAGUUGCAGGGAGGACUCUGUGGCGGACGACGAGAACAAGGUCUGCAGCAAAUGUGAGUUGGGCGGUGCCGGCGAGGCCUCUUUUGGGGACAAUGUCUUGGAGUUUGAAGGUAGAGAUAGGGGAACAAGGGAAUCAACUCCCUGUAGUUUGGUACGGGACCCAGACGUUAUUAGAACCCCAGGGUCCAGUACCCGGCCCACUACAGUCUUAGAAGGAGCUAACAGGAGAGUAAGCGAUACAGAGCAUAGACACAUCCCAACAUCACAUGAAAUGGAUGAGUUCUUCGCUGGUGCAGAAGAAGAGCAGCAAAGAAGCUUCAUUGAGAAGUAUAACUUUGAUCCCGUGAAUGACAAGCCACUCCCAGGGCGAUAUGAAUGGGAAAAGUUGGAACCUAAAAGGAGAUGAAAGGAAACGUUCCUGCAGCGAAACAGGUUGGCUGAUUUCAGUUGCUGGAAUAAUUUAGCUGGAAUAUUAAACUAGUUAGGAAGGAAGAGCGGCGAUGGUGCUAUUACCAUUUUCCAUCCGCGGCCCUCUUCUUCCAUAUUUAUAAUUAUAAUCUGUAAAAAGAAGGGGAAUUAAUGGAGUAGGGAGAAACUGGUUGGACUAAUUAUGGUUUUACUUAGCAAAAGGGGUCUGGUCUGUAACAUAAAAGUGGCAUUUCUUUGCUGUGAGUUUACAGCAACAGAAUACUGGGACUAACGAGACCGUUGGCUGGGGCUGGGCUACUUCUAACAGAUCAUCCGGCAAUGGAUGGAUAGGGAAAUGGGUGUAAGAAGUGUAGUAGUUUUAGGACUUUAGGGUUCUUCCCUUUUCUAGGGCUUAAUCAAACUUAGGUUACCAGUCCCUAUCUCUUUAAUGGUACAGAAGCCGUCUUUUCUCUUUUUUUGGUGGGUCUGCUGUAAUGUAGUGAAGCAGAAGAUGAUGAUGACCAUGAGGGGGAUUGAAAUUGGAAAGAGAGCUCUCUCUAUCUCUGUAAUCAUCAAUCUUAAUAAACAUGGCCCAUGCAUUUUCUCUGUCCCA